AUGACGAAGAUUUACCGUUUUCUUAAACUGGCAGGAAGAUUAACCGAUUCCUUCAUUAAACUGGCAGGAAGAUUAACCGAUUACGUCAUGAGUAUCAGAUUCACAAGGGAACCUGAGUCUAGAGUUGUUCCUCCAGGGGACAGGGUUUUCUUCAACUGUAGAACCAAUACAGGUCAAGAUGAAGAAAUCUAUUGGUUGCACAACGGUCAUCAGCUGGAUCCUUCCAAGCGGUCAGAUGUGAGGAUAUCCAACGGUCAACUCUCUAUUAAAAUACGUACGGCCAAGAGACACAGGGAAAGACAGACUGGUAGUUACCAAUGUGUUGGAGGGUUCGAAAAUAUGCUCUUGAUGUCUAACCCAGCACAGCUAACCGUAGCAUAUCUAGAUAGAUUCCCUAAUACAGUGGAAAGUAAUGAAGUGGAAGGUAAUGAAGGAAAUAAUAUUCUCCUCACCUGUACACCACCUGCUAGUGAUCCUCCUCCCAUCAUUCAAUGGUUUAAGGAGACCAAGCUUUUGAAUUUGACCGAUAAAUAUGAACUGAUCAGCAACAAGAAUUUAUUUAUUCGGAAUAUAUCUCAGUCUGAUGCAGGGACAUAUGCUUGCCAAGCUUCAAAUCAUCUAACAGGUGAAUCUGUACUGUCGCCUAGUGUACACAAUCUUACAGUACAGUCAGCUGAUGAACUACAUAAACCAAGAUUAUUGUAUGAGCCUGAGUCUAGCUACCAUCCCCAGCUUGGUAGCGAUCUUGUCAUUCCUUGUUCAGCUAGUGGUUCUCCAAAACCAACUAUAUUCUGGACCCACCACGCUUUCAAUGCUCCGCCCACCUUUCUUAAUGGAUCAGACGGUCUGCUUCAACUGGUAGGCGUGUCCAUGAAUUCGUCUGGAGAGUAUACUUGCCAAAUAUUUAAUGGGCGUGGCCGACGAAUACUAAGGAAGACCCUGAUCACAGUGUUCGAAAAACCAGUUGCUUCAAUUUCAUCGUUUAGAAAUGAUCCACAUAGAGAAGGAGACCCUUUAGAACUGUACUGUAAUACACAGGGAUUCCCAGCCCCUAAGAUCUCCUGGAUGUUCAACGGGAAGAAGAGGAUGACAGCACAUAAGCUUGAGAUACCCAGCCUCAAGGUUACAGAUGCCGGUAUAUACCAGUGUUUUGCUGAGAACGAGGUUGGUAUAUCAUCUACAGCUGUGCUGGUCAGAGUAGUUCCUAAUAUGAUGAACACAACUCAAAUCACAACAGAUGCUCCCAGGUCCCGGAAGGGUAUCCUGUAUCCUCCCUCCGCCCCUAAUGUGACCCAGCUAUCUGAGGACUCGGCAAGCUUGUCCUGGAGUAUGCCGAACAUUACACAGGAUAUUCAGUUCUUUAAGGUUCAGUAUAGAGAUCUAGGUACUAAAGAUGACCCGCUUAAGUCCAGCUGGUAUACUGUUGAUGGAAAUAUUGAUCCACCAAUAAGGAGUUUUGAGGUUGUAGGACUCAUUCAGAACCAUGUAUACAGGUUUCGGAUCGCUGUGGUGAUAGAUAAUGAUAAUACCGUCGGUCCUGUCUCUAAAAGAUUCCAUCUCAAGGAGAGCACAGAAAAGGGACCAGCUGUAAUACCACAAUUACUUCAUAUUCUUCCUCUUAGCACAAGUUCCUUGUCUGUGCAGUGGACUGUUCCUAAGGUUAUAAACGCCGACGAACAAGGCAGUGUGGAAGGAUACUUUAUAUACUUCAGGGACUCCUUGUCUGCUGGACCGUAUAGUAAAAUCACUAUAUUUGGACCUGGAACACAUAGUCACGUGAUAGAAAACCUUAAACAGGGUCGCAGAUUCGAUAUCAAGGUUCGUGCAUUUAACGUGCAUGGUGUUGGUCCCUUCUCCCCUGUACAAUAUGCUCGAACCCUGGCUCCAGAAACUAAGACUAAAAAGGAGGUUGUAACAGCAGCUGUAGAAGCUCGGGAACCAGAAGAUGAAGAUGCAACUCUUUAUCUGAUUAUAGGAUGUUGUCUCGGUGUUUUGGUAAUUAUACUGAUAUCCGUGUGCUCUGCUGUAACCAUUAUUAAGAGAAGAAAGAUGGCUAAGAAAUACAGUGAAACUAAUGCUGCAAUACAUAAUAAAUACCAAGAUACUAGUUUACAGAUAUCUGGGCUUCAAUAUCAAACUGAACAGGAUGAAUACCCCCAGGUAUGUACCCGACCUACAGGCCAUGUUAUAGACUCCCAGUUUCAAAUGACCUACGAUAGUGGAGAUUUAGAAACAUCUUUUAGUGUUAAUGAUCAAAGUUACGGAGGAGACAAUUCAAUUUCAAGCCAAGGUUCAACUGCCCUUGCUCAGGAUUCAAGUCGGAAUUUAACUAUGAGGAUGAAUACACUGAUGAACCAUCCAGACUAUCUUGGAAGCGUAGAAGACGAAGUGAAGAAAUUCUCUAGGAAACUUUUAUAA